GCCUCCCAUUGCUGCUGCCAGGCCCGUAAUCUGCCAUGGGCCCCCGUACCGCCUCCUCAUGCUGCUGCCAGGCCCGUAAUCUGCCAUGGGCCCCUGUACCGCCUCCUAAUGCUGCUGCCAGGUCCAGAGUGUGUCAUGGGUCCCUGUACGGCCUCCCAUUGCUGCUGUCUCCAUCGCCACACUCUGCCAUGUGCCACUUUCAGGUCUCCUCACACUGCUGGUGGGUUCCAUUUUUGUCAUAGGGUGCUGUAUGGCCUUCCAUUGCUGCUGCCUCCACCACCACACUGUGGCUCCACACUCUGGUUUUGGCCCCGUGACUGCCCAAAUGAGUGAAGUGUGCGGUGAUUUUAAGAUCGACGGCACUCAUCUGCAUGUCAUACUGACUGACAGUAUUAUUUCUCUUCCCCAGCAGACUCCAAGGGCAUUUAAAUUAAAGGUACAGUGUUCUGCACUAAUAUAA